AUGGUCGGUUACAACGGCUCCAAGAUAUUCUGCCUUCAUGUCUAUUCUAUGUCUGCUGUCGAGGUGCCUCAGUCAGCACCCAUGUACCAGUACCUGGAAAGGAAGAUGUUUAAGGAGGCCUAUCAGAUUGCCUGUCUAGGGGUGACAGACAGUGGUUGGAGAGAUUUGGCCACAGAGGCUCUGGAGGGACUUGACUUUGAAACUGCCAAGAAGGCUUUCAUUAGAAUCAGAGAUCUGCGCUACCUGGAGCUGAUCAACAGCAUUGAGGAGAGGAAGAAGCGGGGCGAGAACGACAAUGAGCUGUUCCUGGCAGACGUCUACGCCUUCCAGGGGAAAUUCCACCAGGCAGCCGACCUCUACAAAUGCAAUGGCCACGAAGCCAAAGCUCUGAGCAUGUACACCGACCUGCGGAUGUUUGAGUACGCUAAGGCCUGA